AUGGCAACGACCUUCUUUUUACGACUUAUUUUUAUUCAAGUUGGAUUUACAGCUGUUACAACAACAACAACAUAUUCUUGUUUGUCAAAUGCAACAUGUGGUUGUUCAUUGAAUUCAGCAGUUCUAACUAAAAUUGUCGGCGGUGAACAAGCAGGAACAGAUACAUGGGGUUGGAUAGUAUCUUUACGUGUAAAUAAUAAUCAUAUAUGUGGUGGUUCAUUAAUAUCUUCGACAAUAGUUUUAAGUGCUGCUCAUUGUCUUACAUCAGUAAAAUCAAUAUCAACUCUUAGUGUUAAUGUCGGUUCGAAAUAUUUAUCUGUUAUUCAUCAGCAGAGAUCUGUAUCAAAAGUAUAUGUUCAUAAAAAUUAUAAUACAAGUACAUUUGUUAAUGAUAUAGCUAUAAUGCAACUGUCAACAGCGAUAAAUUUAAAUGAUCGUUCAGUAGCACUUAUUUGUUUACCAUCAACAGCAACGAACAAUGUUGAAUAUCCAACAGUAGGUACAUCUGUUGUUGCAAUUGGUUGGGGUGUAUUAUCAUCAGAUAGUAAAACUCCACCUAAUACAUUACAACAAGUGACAUUACAAACAUUUUCAAGUACAGCAAGUAACUGUCGAAAAUCUGUAAAUAAUGCUACUGUUCAACUUUGUGCCGGCGUUCAAGGAGGAGGAAAAGAUACAUGUCAAGGUGAUAGUGGUGGUCCGUUAAUGAUGUUUUCUAAUCGUCAAUGGAAUUUAAUUGGUAUAACAAGUUAUGGAACUGGUUGUGCUUUACCAGAUUAUCCUGGUGUAUAUACACGUGUAUCAUAUUACGUCGAUUGGAUAUCGUGUUUUUUAACAAAAAAUACAUCAUGUAUUAAAAAUACAGUCUUCAAGCAAUAUAUUUUUUCAUCAUCCGGAUUACGUAUAUUUUAUAAGGACAUAACAGUGUUUUUUCUUUGUCUUAUGAUAUUACAAUUACGUCUUACGUAG